AUGGAACAGCAUGGCAACCCGAGCAAGCGCAAGCAACCACCAACACCCUCGGCCGAACGCCCCAUGAAGCAGAUUAAGCAGGAGACGGACGCUCUUCCCCUCAACGGCGCACACGCACCGACGACGCCAAACACCGACGACAUGGACGACGCCCACAGCGACUACAGCCUCGAAGAGCUCGAGGUACCCGCCGCCGCGCACAUUGUCGGCGCCGUGCACGACACGGCAGAGUGGCAGAAGACGAUAGAGGGCGUGGUCAAGAGCGUCGUGUCCAUCCACUUCUGCCAGACAUGCUCCUUCGACACGGACGCGGCCGUCUCUUCGGAGGCGACAGGCUUCGUCGUUGAUGCCGAGAAGGGCUACAUCCUCACCAACAGGCACGUCGUCGGCGCUGGCCCUUUCAUCGGCUACUGCAUCUUUGACAAUCACGAAGAGUGCGACGUCCACCCUGUCUAUCGCGACCCUGUGCACGACUUUGGUAUCCUGCGAUUCGACCCUAAGGCCAUCAAGUACAUGCCCGUUACGGCCCUCCAGCUCCGCCCAGAUUUCGCAAAGGUGGGUGUGGAGAUCCGUGUGGUCGGAAACGACGCUGGAGAGAAAUUGAGUAUUCUGUCUGGAGUCAUCAGUCGGUUGGACCGAAACGCGCCCGAGUAUGGGGAAGGUUAUUCGGACUUCAACACAAACUACAUCCAGGCUGCGGCUGCGGCGAGCGGAGGAAGUUCUGGCAGUCCCGUGGUCAACAGAGAUGGGUUUGCCGUCGCAUUGCAGGCUGGCGGAAGAGCAGAUGGCGCCGCGACGGAUUACUUCCUCCCCCUGGAUCGCCCACUACGAGCGCUGGAGCUUAUUCGCCAAGGAACUCCUGUCUCUCGGGGCACUAUCCAAACGCAGUGGAUACUGAAGCCUUUCGACGAGUGCCGAAGGCUAGGUCUUUCGCCUGAACUGGAGAAAGCUAUUCGAACCCAGUUCCCCAAGGAAACUGGCAUGUUGGUCGCUGAAGUUGUACUUCCACAAGGACCUGCAUCGACCAAGGUUGAGGAGGGCGAUCUUCUGCUUAAGGUCAAUGGCGAAUUGCUCACAAGUUUCGUUCGUCUUGACUCGAUCCUCGAUGAUAAUGUCGGCAACACGAUCUCGGUCACGAUCCAGCGAGCUGGCGAGAACAUGGAUGUCGAACUGGACGUAGGGAACUUGCACGAUAUCACUCCAGACAGGUUUGUGUCAAUCGCCGGAGCCUCGUUCCACGAUCUCUCAUACCAGCAGGCUCGCUUGUACGCCAUUUCUCUCAAGAACGCAGGUGUCUUCGUCUGUGAGGCGGCUGGCUCGUUCCGAUUCGCCGAUGGUUAUGCUUCAGGCUGGUUGAUCCACGAAGUCGACAACCAGCCUACACCAAACCUUGCCGCUUUUGUUGAAGUCAUGCGAAACAUUCCUGAUCGCAAGCGCAUUGUCAUCAUGUACAAGCAUCUCCGCGACCUACACACUGCAAACACGAGUAUCACUGCUAUAGACAGGCAUUGGCACGCGAAGAUACGGAUAGCGACGCGCAACGACACAACAGGGCUGUGGGAUUUCAAGCCGCUUGCUGACCCCAUUCCAGCUGUGCCAGCCGUUCCACGACGCGCAAACUUUGUCACGCUAAACUCUGCCAGCUACCCGAACGCCGUGGACAUUGUACGCAGUUUUGUACGCGUGAACGUCUCUAUGCCAAUCAAGCUUGACGGCUUCCCUAAGAUGAACAAGCAAGGCUACGGUCUUGUUGUAGAUGCUGAGCAGGGCUUGGUUCUUGUUUCAAGAGCAAUUCUGCCAUAUGACCUCUGCGAUAUUGCCUUGAUCAUUGCCGAUAGCAUAUUUGUCGAUGGCAAAGUCAUUUUCAUGCACCCUCUGCAGAACUAUGCGAUUAUCAAGUAUGACCCUUCGCUGGUCAAUGCGCCGGUCAAGACACCGAAGUUUGCUACCGAGUUCAUCAAGAAAGGAGACGAGACCAUCUUUUUCGGCCUUAACCAGAACUUCCGCCCUGUUGUGGCGAAGACAGUUGUUACGGAUAUCACUACAGUUGCUAUCCCAGCUAGUGCGAUUACACCACGAUACCGAGCAACAAACUUCGACGCCAUCACCGUGGACACCAACCAGGCCUCGCACAGCGGUUCUGGAGUCCUUGUCGCUGAAGAUGGUACCGUUCAAGCUCUUUGGCUGUCAUACCUUGGCGAGCGAACAUCGCACAGCGGGAAAGACGUUGAGUAUCAUCUGGGUCUCGCUACUCCCAACCUCCUCCCCAUUCUGAACGAGAUCAAGAGCGGAAAGACUCCCAAGCUUCGCAUCCUCAACGUCGAAUUCCAGACUGUCCAGAUGAGCCAAGCGCGGGUCAUGGGCGUAUCGGAAGAAUGGAUCGAGAAGACAGAGCAAGCGGAUCCCGAGCGUCACCAGCUUUUCAUGGUACGGAAAGUCGAUUCUGGUCAUGGAGAUGGGCUGCUAGAGGGUGAUGUCCUUCUCACUUUGAACGGAAAGCUUGUUACACGUUCGCCUGAUCUGGAUGUCAUGUACAACAACGAGUUCCUCGAUGCGAUCGUUGUUCGAAAGCGAGAGGAGAAGGUGAUCAAGGUUUCCACGGUUGCGACAGAGGAUCUCGAAACAGACCGCAUGGUCAGCUUCUGUGGUGCUACAUUCCAUCGCCCGCAUCAGGCUGUGCGCCAACAAAUCAGCAAGAUUCACUCAGACGUGUAUAUCUCAUCUCGCGCCCGUGGAUCACCGGCGUAUAUGUAUGGUCUCGCGCCAACAAACUUCCUUACACACGUAAACAACGUUCCAACCCCCAAUCUCGACACCUUCCUCACCGAGGUCAAGAAGAUUGCCGAUAAUGAGUACUUCCGCCUCAAGGUGAUGACGUUUGACAACGUGCCGUGGGUCGCGACUAUGAAGAAGAAUGAGCACUACUUCCCGACUAUUGAGUAUAAGAAGGACAGUGCGGAGCCGUUGGGGUGGAAGAAGAUUAUUCACGAGUGUGAGGCGGGUGGAGCAAGAGAGGUAGAUGAGGCUGCUGCGGAAGGGGAUGUAUGUGAGGAGUAG